CUUGCCGGCCUCGGAUUUGAGCUGCGGGUGCGGAUGGGGUAUGUGCACAUGCCCCCCGUCUUCCGUUGGCUAUGAUAGAACCCAUACAGAAAGAGGUUAUACAUACUGGUGGUUGGGGAGCACCUCAGGCAUUCUUAAGAGCUAUAGACUGCACUGGUGACCACUCGAUGCACCUCAGUUAGAAUGUUUGUCAGGUUCAACUCCAGCCAUGGUUUCCCAGUGGAGGUUGAUUCAGACACCAGCAUCUUCCAGCUCAAGGAGGAGGUUGCUAAGCGACAGGGAGUUCCAGCUGACCAGUUGCGUGUGAUUUUUGCAGGGAAGGAGCUCAGGAAUGACUUGACACUGCAGAGCUGUGACUUGGCCCAACAGAGCAUUGUUCAUAUUGUUCAAAAUCCAAGGAACCAGGAUGAGACUGAAAAUGAAAAUAUCUCUGGUUUUCCAAGAAGCCGUGGGAGAGAAGACGAAAGCCUCACUCGUGUGGAUCUGAAUACUGAUCUUAUGCCUUCUAAUUCAGCUGGACUUGCUGUGAUUUUGGACACUGUGAACAACAGCAUGCCUCCUCUGUCUGACAAUUCAGGAGCUGCUACCUACAACAAUUUCUAUGUUUUUUGCAAAAGUUCCUGCCAAGCUGUCAAACAUGGAAAACUACGGGUCCGGUGCAAAAUAUGCAAACAAGGCACUCUGACUCUGGCAAGGGGUCCAUCCUGCUGGGAAGAUGUCCUGAUUCCAGAUAGAAUAACUGGUAGUUGCCAAUCCCGAAACUGUAAUGGAGAAGUAGCUGAAUUCUACUUUAAAUGUGGAGCACACCCAACCUCUGACAGUGAGACAUCUGUGGCAUUGAACCUCAUUACAACAAAUAGUCGGAGCAUCUCAUGUAUAACCUGCACAGAUGUUCGGAGUCCCGUGUUGGUAUUUCAGUGUGUACAUCGCCAUGUCAUUUGCCUGGACUGUUUUCAUUUAUACUGUGUGACUAUGUUGAAUGAUCGCCGCUUUGUCCAUGAUCCUGUCCUUGGCUACUCGCUGCCUUGUGUGGCUGGCUGCCCAGGCUCCUUGAUUAAAGAGCUGCAUCACUUCAGAAUUCUGGGCGAGGAGCAGUAUAACCGUUACCAGCGAUAUGGUGCAGAAGAGUGUGUUCUGCAGAUGGGUGGAGUGCUAUGUCCCACUCCAGGAUGUGGAGCUGGCCUUCUUCCAGAACCAGAAGUGAGAAAAAUACUGUGCGAACCAUCCAAUGGAAUGGGCUGUGGGUUUGUAUUCUGCCGUGAAUGUAAAGAAGAAUACCACAACGGAGAAUGUAGCGCCCUGCUUGAAACACAAGGUGCCACGGCCCUGAAGGGCUAUGAAGUUGAUGAGCAAGCAGCCAGACAGGCUCGAUGGGAAGCGGCAUCCAAAGAAACUAUCAAGAGAACAACUAAACCAUGCCCCAGCUGCCACGUACCAGUAGAAAAAAAUGGUGGAUGCAUGCAUAUGAAGUGUCCACAGUCUCAGUGCAAAUUUGAGUGGUGUUGGAACUGUGGCCUGGAGUGGAACCGGACUUGCAUGGGAGACCAUUGGUUUGACUGAUUUCCCAAGCAGCAUUAUAAACAAUCAAAAGCUCAUAUGCUGAUACCAUAGAAAGUAGAAGCACAAGCUUAGCUGCUCUCCUCAGGGUCAGAUCCUGAACUCUUUGCUCAGGGUGUGAAUUCAUUAUUACUCUCAAGGCCCUGCACUUCAAGAUACGACCAUUUGUUCUUUGUCUUGCUACAUAUCAAAUCAUCACAAUGCAUUUAGAUGAUCAUUAGACUUCCUAAUCUCACAGUGGCAUGCAAAAAUGUAGAGGAUGAAUAACUCUUGCUAUAACACUUUACCUCUCCCCUCUCUAGCUACUAAUAUUCAUUCUUUGGAGAAAAAAGCAACCUGUGUCACUGCCACUUUUCUUUCAUUGCUUGUUCUUUGCCAAGCCUGACCUCUGUGAGUAGUUUAUUGGAUGUUCUGGAUAAAGAAGUAGUAGAAUGCAGAUGUACAAAUAGACUGUUGGAUGCUUAAUUUUUGCUCUAUAAUAUAGUUAGAAAAUCUUCUAUAAAAGUGGACGCUUCUUUCCUUUAAAUCAGUUACUUUUCACAGUUGUGUCUAUGUAUCAGGGAUCAUUGCAAAGUAAUGUUGAUGUGCUGUCAUAAUCAAAAGGCUUUGAGUGUGUUCAAAACCACAGAGAAAUCCUAAGAAGAGUUGCUUCAGUCUAAGCCCAUUGAAAUCAAUGAACUUAGACUGGAAUAACUGUGUUUAGGAUUUCACUGUAAGAGCUGGCACUCUCUGAUACAGCAAUAAAGCUUUAACCUAGUCCUGGCGUAUUAGUCCUACCUGGUUGUUUUUCAUAUUAUAGAAGGUAGAGCUAAUCUUAUUUACAACAAAAUCACAGCAUGGUAAAGAUCAGUAUUGCAAUCCUGAGCAGAAUUGCUCUGCUUGAAGCCUAUAGAUCUCAAUGGGCUUAGACUGAUGCAAUGCUGCACAGGACUACGUUGUUACACUCUUAAUACAAUAAAACUGUCAGUACGUAGCAGCUUUCUUGCAAAUGAGAAAGUGAUUACUCUUGAAUAUGUGUGAAGAAAAGCUAAUUAUAACUUCUAAGAAAACUAACAAUACCUGAUAUGGAUAUAGACUACUGAAUGUCUGCAAGUUGCAUGUAUUCCACAAUCACAUUUGGAAUAUAUACAAUAAGCUUGAAUAUAAA